GCGGCGGCCGGAUUUAACGGCGAGAAAAAUGGUAAAUUUAAGAGAAUAUGGUUGUGGGUGGUGUGGAUGGAGAAACAAACAAUUAUAAAUGGACAAAAAAGGACACAAACGUGUUGCUUUUAUGCCCACCAACGUAUGGUCAUCAUUGUCAAUUUAUUUUAACUCCAGCCAGCAAAGUAGAUUCUCGCUGCCCGCCCAGGUGUCAUUCUCGCACCUCACUACCACUGCCGAAGCUGAGCUCAGCUUCUUCAGAGCAUCUACAUGUUGCAGGCAAAAGAAGCUUCCCUUCCAUCCACGCAAACCACUCAAGUCGAUUUCCCUCUCUCUCCCUUCCUCUCUCCGUGUUUAUUUCUUUUAGCAAAAGACCAAAAACAGAGAAGAAAUGAAUUGGUUGAAGAUUAGAGAAAAAACCUCACACAGUGAUUCACAAUGAAAUCUCUCUCUUUGGUUCUUGCAGCAUUACUGGUCUUAUUACCUACCACAGCUCAACAACAACAUUCUCUUACUACUCAUUUUGACAAAAACCCCAGGAGAAUUCUGCACCAACCAUUGUUUCCAGUCACUUCAGCUCCACUACUGGGGUCUGAACCGCCGCCGCCGCCGCCACCGGAUAGUCCGGUUUUUCCAAACCCAGAUCAGCCUUUCUUCCCUGAAGUCCCAGCUGGGCCUACCCCUGAUCAGACCCAACAAUCAUCGCCACCACCAGUGCCCACAAAUGGCACAAUCCCAAUUGCAGCGGCUACACAGAAAACAAAACCAACCAAACAAGUUGCAAUUGCAAUCUCAGUUGGGAUUGUCACUUUGGGGAUGCUAUCAGCUCUCGCAUUCUUUCUUUAUCGUCACCGGGUGAAGCAUCGAGGGGAGACUCAAAAGCUCGUCGGAAGCAAUAAUUCUCAGGGAUUCACAGAUGAAUCAAGAGCACCCCCAUCGAGUUUCUUAUAUAUAGGGACCGUAGAACCGAGCAGGACAUCGGUUACUGAAACAAAUGGGGCUAAUGGGUCUCCUUAUCAUAAGCUUAACUCUGUUAAGAGAUCCGAUCGGUAUAGGCCUAGUCCGGAUCUGCAGCCACUGCCACCACUACCAAUGCCUCCUCCUCCUCAGGUGGAAAAUAACAAUUCGAGCUCUUCCAUAUCAUCCUCAUCGGACGAGGAGAGUCAUGGCACAGCUUUUUUUACUCCGCAGGCCUCAUCUAUUAGCACUGUAAGCAAUGAGUCAAUUUCACGUCCGGUUAGUGGCUCUAAUUACAAUCAGAUGGUGGUUUCCGAUGGCAGUAGCUCUGUGCCUCAUUCGAAGAGAACAUCGCCUCCUCAUUCGAGAAGAACCUCCCCUAAAUCACGGUUUUCGGUUUCUUCUUCACCUGAGAUGAAGCAUGUUAUUAUUCCAUCAAUAAAGCAGCCUGUGCCACCGGCUCAACCACAAGGCUCUACAGAACAAGAUAGUCAGCAAACAAUCCCCUACUCAAAACCAAAGUUUGCAUCACCGCCACCGCCGCCUAAUAUGGCUGCUCUACGAUCACUUCACAAUCAAUCCCCACAAAGACCAAAAAUCUCAGUUCCUCCACCUCCUCCUCCACCACCGCCACCAGCAAUGUCUACUCCGCGGAAGGUAGGAGAGACCAGUGUUUCGUCAAUGCCUAAAAAAUUAUUGACAAAGCCAUCAUGGCCUCAGAGUCCCAGAGCCGCUUCUAGUACUGAAAGCACAAAGUCUGUAGAAGAAGUUAACAAAAGUGCUAGUUCCACAGAGAGGAUUGAUGCCGAUGACAAUGAUGGAGCAAAGCCAAAGUUGAAGCCUUUGCAUUGGGACAAAGUGAGGGCAACUUCAGACAGAGCCACAGUGUGGGACCAGCUCAAAUCAAGCUCAUUCCAAUUGAAUGAGGAUAUGAUGGAGAGUCUUUUCAGUUGCAAUUCCACCAAUUCGAUCCCCAAAGAAGCUACAAGAAAAUCAGUUCUUCCUCCUGUUGAACAAGAAAACAAAGUGUUGGACCCAAAGAAGUCUCAGAACAUUGCUAUAUUGUUAAGAGCAUUGAAUGUAACGCGAGAUGAGGUGGCUGAAGCUCUUUUAGAUGGUAAUCCAGAUAGCUUAGGUGCUGAGCUUUUGGAAACCUUAGUAAAGAUGGCUCCAACAAAGGAAGAAGAAAUUAAACUUCGAGAGUACAGUGGUGACAUCUCAAAAUUAGGGUCUGCAGAACGAUUUCUUAAGGCAGUACUUGAUAUCCCUUUUGCCUUUAAAAGAGUUGAAGCCAUGUUGUACAGAGCCAAUUUCGAUACAGAAGUGAAAUAUCUGAGGAAAUCUUUCCAGACCCUUGAGGCAGCAAGUGAUGAAUUGAAGAACAGUCGUUUGUUUCUCAAACUCCUUGAAGCUGUUCUUCGGACAGGAAACCGGAUGAAUGUUGGCACAAACCGAGGUGAUGCUGAAGCUUUUAAGCUUUAUACACUCUUAAAGCUUGUAGAUAUAAAGGGGACAGAUGGGAAGACCACCUUGCUCCACUUUGUGGUCCAGGAAAUUAUUAGAUCCGAGGGUGCAAGUACUAAUGCAACAAAUGAGAAUAUCCAAAAGAAUACAGAGCCCAGAAUGAAGGAAGAUGAUUUCAGGAAACAAGGAUUGCAGGUUGUGGCUGGACUGAGUCGAGACCUCGGCAACGUCAAAAAGGCAGCAGGGAUGGACUCAGAUGUCCUUAGCAGCUACGUGUCAAAACUUGAAAUGGGGCUUGAGAAAGUUCGACUGGUUCUCCACCAUGAGAAACCAGAAAUGCAGGGGAAAUUCUUCAGCUCAAUGAAGAUGUUUCAAAGAGAAUCUGAAAAGGAGAUCUCCAGGAUCAAGGCUGAUGAAAGAAAGGCUUUAGCACAUGUGAAAGAGGUUACAGAAUAUUUUCAUGGGGAUACAGCAAAGGAGGAAGCCCAUCCAUUCCGGAUUUUCAUGAUUGUGAGAGAUUUCUUAAACAUUCUAGAUCAUGUAUGCAAGGAAGUAGGAAAUAUGCAGGACAGAACUAUGGUAGGUUCAGCCAGAUCCUUCCGCAUAUCAGCAACUGCUUCGCUACCAGUUCUGAACAGAUACAAGGUGAGACAAGACAGAAGUUCAGAUGAGGAAAGUUUGUCCCCUUGAUAUUCCAUGGAUACCCUUAGAAGGACGAUCGUAUAAGCUGAUAGUCCCAUGAUCAUAGACUCAUUUUGAACUGCUGCAGCAGGACAGUAUAUAUGUUUUUUCCAAUAGAAUGUGAAGGAGUAGAACAAUGAGAGACUCCAGGAUUUUUUUCCCGGAGAAAUAGAAAGGUCUGUCAAUAGGCAACUGAAUCCCAGUUCGUAAAGGGUGCACUCGGCUAAAUCCACGGACAAACACUUCUUUUUCUGUCCAGACUCGCCUAUGAGCAGUGUCCACAGGUCAGAAAUUAUACAAGAAGAACAAGUGUGAUAAGAGUUUAUCAAUAGUGAGGAAAGGGAAUGGAUGGGAAUUGCCAGUCAGACUCAACAUUUGAGCACUAAUUACCUGGAGGAAAACUUUUACAGUGAAUUAUUUUUGUCUGCUCCAACACAUAUCCCACAAGUUUAGCAGAAGUUUCAGAAUCUAUAGAUCAGAUUCCUACACAAUUUUAGAAUUAGAAUGUUUUGAGGUUGUUCAUGACCAUGUUAUCUACAUUUAUUUGAUAAUUACUAAUAAUUACCAUCACCAGUUUUCACCAA